AUGUCGACUGUUGCCUCGCAACAGGACGCUGACCUGCUGCAGUGCGUGAAGGUAGUGCUUUGGAUUUCGACUGAGAUGACAAGAAGGGUUUAUUUGUAAAUAUUUGAUAUAAAAAUUAACUACUGGCACUCUUAUAUGAUAGAGAGGCCUAUCGAUAACAUUUUCUCUCCGACACUGGGCCAUAAACGUACGUAAAUCUAUGUUAGCCGCAUAUUUAGCUAGCCGGUGUACAAAGUAAUUGGAGCCCAUGCUGUCUUCAAGGACUAUCCGUAAAGGAGGAAAGUCGAGGACUAUCCUUGAAGCGAAGGAGGGUGGUCUUUGCCCGACCUCGUAAAAUAGUCCUUACAAGAUAUUCUCCGAAAAUAGCAACUAUUCUAAUCAGUAAGCUAUCACAAAAUAGUAUCAUAGACCGACAAGGGAGCCAAACUGUAGCCUAAAAAGCUGGCUGCAUCACUAGAGGUUGUGUUCGAGGAUUACGAGCAGUCCCUGAAAGCAUCAGAGUUAGCAAACGUUAGCAGAGUCUGCAUUUAGCUGGCAGCUGCAAUCCGCAGCAUCUUCAUCUUCAUCAUCAACCGAAAGAGAUGGCAUGAAACAGACAGCAGCCAAGCUGACUGGACCAGACGACGGGAGCACAAUAUCAAACAACAGAUAGGUAUUUGACAUAAUUAUUAUUUUAUUGACUUGUAAGAUUAUGUUUCAGGCACCAGUUCAUUCCAUUUGACCCAAAAGCAUCACAGGACAGAUAGGGACAGGGCCUGCACAUGCAUCUCUACAGUUUCUCUUUAUUUUACUUAUAAAUGUAUUAUUCACCUGAACAUGCACAUUAGUGUUGCAAUAGAUGCUCCUGUGAGUGAGAUCACAUGACCUCGCAGUGAAGCUGUGCGGGGGGUCAUCAUCACCUGAGAUGUGUUUACUGGCACAAAAACAGCUUUCAUCAGGUCCACUAUGUUUAAUGAGAAAUUUCAUGUAAAUACAUGACGAGGAAUUUUAAUCAAUUUCGUAGUUGAUGUACAAAUGUAACCCAAAUAUUAUCACAAACUCGAUUUGCCAGAGUAAAUUAUUAUCAAAACAUUGACUGAAUUUUAAUAUAAAUGAAGCAGAAUAUAAAAAAAAAGGGGGACAUGUUUGCAGCAAGACUUUUUUUGAUUAUGGUUUAAAAUUGAUUUUCUGAUGGUCCUUGAUUAUUUUAAUAUCUUGCCAUUAAGUUACAAAACCCAAUUCCAUUAAAGUUGGGAAAUUGUGAUAAACAUAAAUAAGAACAGAAUACAAUUAUUUGCAAAUCAUUUUCAACCUAUAUUCAAGUAAACACACUACAAAGACAAGAUAUUUAAUGUUCAAACUCAUAAACUUAAUUUUUUUUUGCAAAUAAUUUAACUCAGAAUGUCAUGGCUGCAACACAUGUCAAUGUCAAUGUCAAUGUCACGUUUAUUUAUAUAGCACCUUUAUAGGACAGGCCAGACAAAGUGCUUUACAGGAGAAAUGACACAUGACAAAGUAGUUGGGACAGGGGCAUGUUUACCACUGUGUUACAUCACCUUUCCUUUUAACAACACUCAAUAAACGUUUGGGAACUGAGGAGACUAAUUUUUGAAGCUUUGAAGGUGGAAUUCUUUCACAUGCAGAAUGUGGCUUGGCAUUGUCUUGCUAAAAUAAACAGGGGGGUCCAUGAAAAAGAUGUUGCUUGGAUGGUAGCAUAUGUUGCUCCAAAACCUGUAUGUACCUUUCAACAUUAAUGUUGCCUUCACAGAUGUGUAAGUUACCCAUGCCUUGGGCACUAAUGCACCCCCAUACCAUCACAGAUGCUGGCUUUUGAACUUUGCGUCAGUAAGAGUCCGGAUGGUUCUUUUCCUCUUUGGCCCGGAGGACACGAAGUCCACUAUUUUCAGAAACAAUUUGAAAUGUGGACUUGUCAGACCACAGAACACUUUUCCACUUUACAUCAGUCCAUCUUAGAUGAACUCUGGCCCAGAGAAGCCGGCAGCGUUUCUGGAUAUUGUUGAUAAAUGGCUUUCGCUUUGCAUAGUAGAGUUUUAACUUGCAUUUACAGAUAACCUGUAUUUACUGACAGUGGUUUUCUGAAGUGUUCCUGAGCCCAAGUGGUGAUAUCCUUUACACGUUGAUGUCAGUUUUUGAUGCAGUGCUGCCUGAGGGAUUGAAGGUCACGGGCAUUCAAUGUUGGUUUCCGGCCGUGCUGCUUACCUGCAGUGAUUUUUCCAGAUUCUCUGAACCUUUUGAUGAUAUUAUGGACCAUAGAUGUUGAAAUCCUUAAAUUCCUUGCAAUUGUACUUUGAGAAAGUUUAUGAGUUUGAACAUUAAAUAUGUUGUCCUUGUAGAAUACUCAAUUGAUUAUGAGUUGUAAUUGAUAAUUUGUAGAAUUAAAUUUGCUGGACAUAUGAGAUGAUUACAGUUAAUUUAAUUCUUUCAGAUAUUUUUUCUCCGAUGUCUCCUUCAACACAGCUUUAGGUUCUAGUAAAUUAUUGACUCAUUCUGGGUCAAAUAGACCAUAGACUAAGAGAUAUGGCUUUAUGGCUAGUUUUGACGAGCACAACAACUGGGAUACAGAUGCAGCAAAGUCUAUCUGCCCUCUCUGAUAAUCCAGUACAGAGCAUUGCAUUGACUCUGUCUUUUUAAAGUAACUCAUCGAAAACGUAUCACUUCUGGUUUAGUAUUCAGUUUUGCAUUGCAUCACUAAAAAGUCAAAGUGACCUCAUUCACGUUUUUACACAUUUAAGGUAAACAGGAUAAGUGUCCUCUUUAAACUCAGGUUAUCUGAUGAAGUAGAUCUUAUUUUCUGACUCUCUGAUUCACAUCUCUGCAGACAUGAGCCGCUUCUGUUCUGACAACAACAACUUCCCCUAUGACAACAAUGUGCUGGUCCUGGAUAUGGUGCUGGGCUCUCUGUGGGGGGUCCCUCCGCCCAUAAACUGGGACAAUGUAGCCAAGCUGGUUCCAGGAUUCACUCCCAAGGAGGUAGCUAAACUAUGAAUUCUGGGUAACGGCUCACUGGAUGUUCAGUCAUGUCAAAUCUGAACAGAUGUGUUUUCUCAGUGUGCUCGUCGGUUUGAGGAGCUGAAGACUGGUGGGUGUCUUCCUCCCCUGGAUGACCAGUGUAAUGCCCUGACAGAAGGAAGCCCCGCCCCCUCGGAUGACCUUCCCAUGGAUUGUGGGGGUGGGGGAGAGACAGGAAGUAGUCCAAGCAGCAAACUGACAGGUGAGUCAGUGGCUCCGAAAUAACACUUUCACAUCGAUCAGCCAAGUAUAAAGACUUUUUUCCAAACUUUUAUCAACUUAAUCAGUCAGACUGUGAGUAGUAGGUCAUAUACAGCCUACAUAUCAAACAAGCUGUUGUAAAAACAGGUAAAUGGCUAGGCAGCCAUAUCAGUGAUAAACUCUGUUUUUAUUUUACUGCAAGCUCUCUUGAGCCUCAGUUUCAGGAAUAAAAUAGAGAAUGGAGAUGCUUAGCUGUAUAUUUCGUUACACGCUGAUAAAAGUGGCUUAAUAAUAGGGAUGGGCGAUAUGGGCUAAAAAAUUUUAUCACGCUAAGAUUUGCCAUUCUGGCGAUAACAAUAAGAGUCCCAAUACAAAAUAUUAUAAUUCGUAUCUACAUUUUUGACUCAUUUUGUCUCGAGAACACCAGUUGGAAAAGUCAAAUAAGAUACUUAACCACAAGUUUGAGUGGUAGAUUAUAGUGAAAACUAGUGACAUUAAACAAGUCUCAAAAGUGAAAACAUUUUGAACUUUUGUUGAAAACUUUUAUUGCACAGAGUGAACAGCAGCAGCAGAUCCACUGUCCCAUGUCAGGCAUACCUGAUUGCUCUCAUCUAAACUGACGAUAUAUUGUGAAUGAUAAUUUAUUUCUCAUCCCUACUUAAUAAGAACAAUAAAACACACAGAAAAAUCCCAACUACAGACAGAACAACAGCAUACUAUAUGUUUCACAAAUCAAACAUAGUGCUUUGAUACAUCUGUGAGAGAUUCAUGUUGGCCGAACAACAUCAGCUGAUGUGCAUGUAUAUAGAUGUGCAUUGCAUAUAACUGUAGACUUCUAACAUUUCAGUAAAACACUUGAAAAGCUUUUUUUCCCUGUUGGUGUCAGCAGGAUGUAAAUCUGCUCUGUCAGGGAGAGUCAGCUCUGUGGAGAAGAAGGAGAGACGGACAUCGUCGGAGGAGGACGACAAAACUCACAAACCCAGAGAGUGAGCAAACACACUCACACACAUCUAACACACACUUUUUUUUAACACAAAGGAUAAUCUAGUCUCAUAUUCGAGGUAAGGUGUAAUCUGUAACGGAUGAUUGCCCUGCUAUGCUGAAUACGUGAUUCUGAUUAAAUACUCUAUGCAGAUGUUCAUCAUUCUCCUAUAGUCGACCCUAAAGUCUGUCUGAGGGAUUCAGCUCUGUUCACAGACCCUUGAGCAGUGGUGUUUGUGAUAAAUGAUAAAAACUGACUUUAUGUAUUGAUACAGCAAGUUACUAAGUGCUUAAAAAUAAAGAAAAAUGGUGAGCAGAUAAAUGAAAGAGAUUCAGCAAAAAAAGUACAGGGCUUAAAAGACAGAUCAAAGAGUAGAUAAUUUUAGAGUCCAUGAAAGACUUCCUGUUUUUAGAGAAGAGGACGGAUGACAAAGAAAGUAUGAUCACCUGAUUCAUGUGCUGCUUUCCACUUAAUUUAUGUCAUUGUAUCAUGUUAUUUCAUUAUGAGUGGAAACGUUCAGUGUAACAUGAGUUAAAACAGAAAAACAAGGUUUAAUACCUCAGACUUUAUUGUUGCUAUGGCAGCAGUUCUGACUUAGUGAACUCAAGUAUUGACACAACUGAAAAAUAUUCUUCUCAUGAUCUCUGUGAACAGUUGGUCUUACCAUCACAUGCAUUCCCUCCCUCAGUCCCAAUAUGGUGAUCCAUGUGUGCGAUGAGACAAAAAACCUCAAACAGGACUUCACCUGUCCCCGAGAUCUUCUCGUGAAGGAGAUGCGUUACUUUGCUGAGUACUUGUCGGUGGACUCUCAGCGGUGGGAGGAGGUGGACAUCUCUGUACACUGCGACGUCCAGAUCUUUGACUGGCUCAUGAACUACGUGAGGAGGAACUCUGCCGGAGGGGGCAAGGACAAACCCCGUCUUGGUACAAAACUCACACACUUCCUGUCUGAGCGGAUUUGUGAAGGGUUGUUAUCUACCGCUGAUGGUCGUCAGUGUGAAUCCUCUGUUCAGUAUAAUCUGUGUGUUUGGUGUGGACUCUGCACUUCUGCUUGGUUCAUGGUUUCUUGGUGUUUAUUCUCUAAGUCUGCUCAGUGUGUGUUUGGCAUAUUAUUUUGCGUGUAUUAUGUGUUGUUUUCUUGGUGUGACACGUGGUGUUUGUUGGUUUCAGAGCCCAGCAAUGUGAUCUCAAUCCUGAUCUCCUCCGAGUUCUUGAAGAUGGAUUCAUUAGUAAGUGUUGUGUUUAUGUUUGCUCUGGGUCUUUUGCUCUUCCCACAACCAUGACAACACUUUUACAAAAUCUCAUAACCUAAAAAGCACCAGCAGUAGAAUGUAAAUGUGCAAUAACUGAUGUUUUUUGUCUGAAUUGGUGUUUAUUACUUUGAUACUCAGAUCUCUGUAUCUGUAACUGGAUCCACCUCAUUAAUCUGUUAAAGAGCCAGAGACCCACACUGAGCUGUGUUUGUGUUGCACUGAUGUUCAUAGUGUAAAAUGUACUGCUCAGUUUCUGACACAGUAUAAAGUAAAAAAAAAACUGUGACUGAUCAAUAUAUUGUGAUGUAAUGUGUAUACGUGUUUCUGUUGUUUGCAGGUGGAUGAGUGUAUUCAGUAUUGUCACAAACACAUGAGUGCCAUCGUGGCCACGCCAUGCAACAUGAACUGCAUCAACAGCAACCUGGCAACUCGCAUAGCCCAACUGUUUAACCACAAUGAGGCCGACGACAUCCGGGACAAAAAAGACAAGUUCAAAAGGUAUGAAGGGACGGGGUUAAAGUUGAUUUAUUUAUUUAUUUUAUUCUACAAUAUUUUUAUUAGUUAUAAAGUACAGUGAGCUCUUUAAAGAGCACAAGAUACAAAGGAAACAUUAAUCACAAACACCCCCUUUCCCUCAAGACCCUGGAUAUUUCUAUCGCUGUGCUUAAAUAACAAAUUCUGGAGCUAAAAGGAAUUUGGGUUUUAUAGACCCUGAAAUAUAAGACGUUGAGAAAUAAAAAGUAAAAGUUAAAAGAACUACUGUACGUUAAGAGAAAUACAAAGGUAGACAAGUCACUGAAAACUGAAAAAGGCCAUAAAAGAGAAGAAUUUAAAUUGUGUGAUUAUAAAUCAUCACAGAUAUAUAUUUCAAAAAGAAAACAAUUAGAAGAGGAGAGUGCUGAUUCAAAAUGAUGACAGUUUCUGAAUGUGGUCCAGAAAAGGUGAUGUCUGUAAAGAUGUGUUUAUGGUACUUUGCAUUUAAAAGUUUCAGAAGGAGUAAAGUCAUACACUCAGACUCAAACAGAUUUAUAGAAGGAUUACAGCAGCACUAACAGCCGCUCACAGUCGAAUCCUGUUAGUUAGAGCAUCAUCUAAACCAGUGGUUCUCAAGUCCAGUCCUCGAGGCUCACUGUCCUGCAUGCUUUGGAUGUUUCCCUGCUCCAACACACCUGAUUCAAAUGAUCAGCUCGUUAUCAAGCUCUGUAAUGGCUUAAUAACGAGCUGAUCAUUUGAAUCAGGUGUGUUGGAGCAGGGAAACAUCCAAAACAUGCAGGACAGUGGGCCUCGAGGCCUGGACUUGAGAACCACUGAUCUGAACAAGAUACUUUGCAAACUGGAUUUUGAGAUGGUGCAGACUGCGUUGUAAAGUGACAGACAUUUCUUGGUGGAAUCAGCAAAUAAAAUAACUUUUCCUCAGUCACUGUUACAGCAAAUGUUUCUAUUUUUCGACAUUUCAAACUGUUAACUUUUCUCACAUUUUAUGUCCCUCUCAGUAAAUUGUUUCAGAAGAAGAUUGAGGGUCUCUUUGACCCAAACUACACCAGCAAAGACUCACCCGGGAGCGCCGCCACACUCUACAGGUGAGAAUCUCACACAGGUUGUUAAUUUCAUCUGUUAUCGGUGCAAUCCAGUUCAUCGGUUAUUUAAUGUAAAUUUAAACUACAGAUCCUCUGAAGUCAUUCAAAGGCCAUCAUUUUACCUUGUGCGUGAAAUAAAAACAACUACUUGUAAAUAAUGGCAUCCUGUGACAAAUAAUGGCAACUAAUUGAACAUGCACUGCUGAUUAUCUUGUGCCAAGCACCAAAGGGGCCAUGACAUUAGCUCACAAAACACUGGAAAACAGACAAGAUUAACAACAUAAUGAGAAGAAAAGUACAAAUUCCCUACAUCACUAUGCACGUCAAACAAUGGCGAAUAGAAAAUUUACACAAUGUUGUACUUAAAAUAUUUUAAUUAAUUCUUAGUAGUAGUAUGGGCUGUAACUUUUUUUUGAGUAGGUCAAAUAGCAGAAACACUGUAACAGGAACAGGUAACACUAGACAAAGAAAACAAACCCAGAAAAUCUUCUGAUGAAAAGUGAUUACAUAGAACUUGACAGCAGAAUUAAAAGAGCUGAAACAAAUCAGAUAAACUUCAUUCUAAUCUAUGACUUCUUUCACUGCCUAGUGUAUUCUCAGACAAGUCCAUCACACCAUUUCUUUAACUUCUUAGUACAUGUAGGAAGACACUUACAGGAUGAUUCAGUCUGUUCUGUUGUAUAAAAAGCUCAGGUUCAGGCUGGAACUACCAAACUCUUGAAAAUACCAGAAGAAGUCAACAGAGAAUAAUGUGCGUGCGUGUGUGUGUGUGUGUCAGAUGUGGACUCUGUCUAAAGCUGCUAACAAGAGACACAGAGAGGAAGAUCUCAUGUGUUCCUGGAAAGAUCAACAUAGAUGCUCGAGGGGAGAUCGUCUACACACACACCAGGUACUGUAAAGCUGAAACCAUGGCAACGGAUACAAUUGCUCUAUGUUUAAGGAGUUAACAGGCUGUGUGUUUAUGUUUAUGUGUGUGUGCAGACAGAAGAGCUGGGAUGUUCAUGAGUACCUUUCUGGUCUAUAUGAGGAGCUGAAAUCCUGGGUUCUGGUCUACUGGAGGAUCUGGGGGACCACCAACUACCUCACCUGCUCCCGCUGCCAACAGGUUUGUGUCUUUCUGUGUUAUUGUACCUUAAAACAGUCGUUCCUCAAAGAUUUUCUGCAGGUCCCUUGUUAGUGGGUGAAGAUAUUUUCAAGCCCCCACUCCCACAUGAGAACCACUGCCCUGAUUAGAAGGGAAGGCUGAUACAUAGACUGUAUGUCAUUGCAAUCUUCUUGAAGUUUCUAUGUUUGGAUGAGAGGGUAUGGCUUAUAGAAUCAGAAUCCAAAUCAAAAUUACUUUAUUGAUCCCAAACUGGAAAAUUAUGGUGUUACAGCAGCUUUUUCCUAGUGAGCAAAACAAUGUAGGAAUAUAAGAAAACCACAUAUCAAGAAAUUACCGUCAUAAAAAUUGUGAAAAAAUAUAGCAUUUGUAUUCACAAUUUGCAUUUUCCCUAAUAACUUUAUAUACAUUAAAUACAGAAUAUAACACAAUUGGGCUUUACGAUCUGAGAUUUGAAAAAAAGCAGGGGUGCCAGUAAAAAAUGAAAAUGUGAAAUGUAUAAAGAAUUGAAAGUAUUAUGUAACAGUAUUUACAGGUACAGUGCCCAGUAUAAGUCUGUACACCCCCUAUUAAAAGUAAUGUAUUACUUAAUAUCUAGAUAAGCAAAAGUACAAUUUCCAAGUUUUGACAAAGCUGAGUUUAACAUAACAUUUUAGUUACCAUUAGUUGAAAUUAAGGGUGAUAUGGUAACUAAAAUUUAGCUUUACUCCCAGAACUUUGAUUGGGGUGUACUCAUUUUUGCAUCCUGAUUUUAAAAAUAUAUAUAUGUACUUUUUUGUAUGCAACUUAAAAAAUCUUGUUUGCAACCAAUGGUCUACAUUUGGGGGAGUAUUUUGCUGUAUAGUCUGACAUAGAAAAUGUUGAUUUUGAAAGGAUACUAAAGGUUUUCUGACAGCUCUGAAGGGUUGUACUCAUUUAUGCUGAACACUGUAGGUGAGCAGAACAGAGUACAUACAUUAUGAUGAGAACAAUGACAACACUCUACUCACAAGAGGUGAGUUAUUGGUAGGAAAGAUUUCCUAUAUCUGUCCUUCUGACAUUGGAGCUGGAUCAGUCUGUCUGAGAAGGUACUUCACUGUCUGUCCAGUAGGUGGUGCAGAGGGUGAUCAGGGUUACCCUCUCUGACACCACUACAAAAGAGUCCAGCUUACAGCCUGUCACAGAGCAGGCCCUCCUGAUGAGCUUAUCCAGUCUCUUGAUGUCACUCGCAACAGUGCUGCCCCUUCAGCAGACAACAGCACUGAAAAGAUUGGUAUUUAAAGAAAUUUAGGGGUUAGAAAACAUUGACUUAAAACAAACUCAGUUUAAACAAAAUGUGAACAACAAUAAAAAUACCUCCUCAAAGUGUCUCAACUCUACUCAACACUGAACAUGACAUUUCAGGCUUCCUCGUUCGUGACUUGGCAAUCCUUGUUAGCCCUAAAUCUUCCUCAUUGUACUGUUUUGUGUGUGUGUGUGUGUGUGUGUGUGUGUGUGUGUGUGUGUGUGUGUGUGUGUGUGUGUGUGUGUGUGUGUGUGUGUGUGUGUGUGUGUGCACGUGUGUGUGUUUAUGUGCAGGUGUUUGUGUGUUCAGAGCUCACACACUGUCUGUACCACCCUGACUCUGUGGUGUACACUGGUCUUGGAUCAGAGAAAGGUUGGCAUGGAGCUGGAUUGUAUCCCUGCUGCAACCAGCGAGUACUGCGCUUUGACCCUACGGGCAUACCCAAGGUAUACAACACUCUUAGACACACACAGUCAAUGUUCAUGAUGCCUAUCAGCUGUUUCUCAAGUCAAGCAAAAAACUGUUCUUGAUUAUUUUUGUUAAGAGCAAUAAAGACAUUAUAAUUAUGUGUAUUGUAGCAACCAGAACUGUUUUUCCACUGGACCUGAAGUCUCUGAAUCCUGUUUUACAGAAAGGCUUACAUGCUGCAAUGCAGAGGAAAAACAAGAGCGAUAUGAACUGAAACAAAAUAAAUCUUUAUUGUUAAAAAUUCACAGCUAUGAAAUAAAAAGCACAAUAUAAGACACAACCAACUUGUUUCCAAAAGAAAAACAUUUUAAAUGUCCUGACAGUAUAAAAACUGCCCCUCCUCAACCUGCACAGAUAAAAGUGUUCUAACCAGCUGGUGCCCACAUGACUUACUCCCUUAUAGUUUUAAAAUUUGUCAAAUGGAGCAAUCUUUAAUAUUGUGUGUGUGUGUGUUUUCAGGGCUGCAAGAGGAGGGACCACAUAGUAAAUGUGCCUGAUGAAGAAAACUGCGAUGAGGAGACGUUAGCUCAGACCAGAGUCCUCAACGACCUUUUGCUACACAGAGAUGCAGUGUGUUUGUCUAACACACCUGUAGACAGGUGCGCAGAACCCCAACCACAAAUGUAUCCCUGAUACUUUUCAGAAAUUCAGGUCCUGAUAUUUUCUGGAUUUGCCUUGGCCCUCAAAACUUGAAAUGCUCUGUAUGGUUUAGGUGAGGGGGAUUGAGAGUGCAGGAGGACAGUGAAGCAGUGUUCAGAAAUGGAGAUUGUUUCUGGGUUCAUAUGUUACACAGUGCAUGAGGACAUAUCCACAGGACAGAGAUGAGAGUUGAAAACGUAUAUGGGAAACGUUGUGUUUACGUGUGUGUGUGUCUGUGUGUUUGACAGUAGUGAAGAGAGUGAGUGUGUGUCAGAAAAAGUUCAGGACUGUGAUGUUCUGUUGGAGCCGACUCUGCUGGGACGUCUAAGGGGAGAUGCAGGAACUGUGAGUCUCAUUGAUUAUUAAAUGUUAUGUAUCGUACUCUGAUUGAUGAUUUGAAGAUUUCAGGAGCUGUCGAUCUCUUUCUGAUCAGCUUGUUCUCUUGUCUUCAGUUUUCCCUCCUGAAGAACUGGAGUCUGCAGCUGGUACGGCUCUCUGUUUCUAUCCUUGUCUAACAGUUCUUUCUUGGAAGAGUGAAAUUUGUUAGUAAAUAUUGUAAUUAUGUGAUUGAUUGAUUGAUUGGUUGAUCAGUGAAUAAAUCACGUGACUCCCACAGAGGCAGCAGUCUCUGCUGUCAGAGGAUGAGGAGUACACCACGGGGUCAGAGGUCACUGAAGAUGAGGUUGGCGAUGAAGAAGAGCUGAAUAAGAAACAAGGUGGAGAUUUAUUAAGAACUAUUGAGCUGAUAACGAUUACAUACUUAGUAAUUAUUACAAAUCAAUCAAAUUGAUUUUUUGUUUCAGCUGCUAAGAAGAACAAAAAGAUCCACAGACCCCUGAAGAAGCAGUUGUCCUCUCCAAACUUCCAUCGCAAAGAAAAACCUGAGAAGGUAAACUUCAGUAAUAACUAUUUGUAGUUAUUUUUCAAAUAUAUCAGUCACAUAAGGAGAGUUUGGGGCAGUAACUCCACAUGGCGCACUUACACCGUCCUAACACAAAACACGCAAACUCUUCAUCUGUUCGAUGUUGUUUCCUCUUGCAGACACAGACCAGAGACAGCACGCCUUUCACGUGAGUUCACUGGAAUCAUCAUCUCAGUCUUCAGCUUCGUGUUUGUCGUUGGUAUAACUUAUUAAUCCAACAUGCUGUUCAUGCGUGUGUGACAGGGUAAGUGUGCAGAAGAGUAAGUGGGACAGCUCUCGUUCAUUGAGGUACAAUCAGGACGCUCAGAGGGAGGAAGGUGAGGAGGAGUCUGAUUGAUACAGUCAUGUUUAUCAAAUGUUAAUAUCAAUUAUUAGACUCUCUUUGGCUCACUGAACCUUAGUCUGAUUUCAUUUGAUUGUUUCUCUUUCUGUGAGCCAGACCAGCGUCGGAUGGUUGAGAUCAUUGGUCACCUGACAAAGAUGAGGUUUGGAGAUCAGGAACAGAGCAGGUCGAGAGACAAUAAAGAGGUGAGAUCAUGGUCAUAUUUACACAUUAACACAGACAUGGUUUUAUCACCUCUGGAAACUUGUCUUCAUAUUAAAGGUGGGAGGAGGGACCUCAGAAGAAUUAUCACAUUGUCACAGCACAUCAGCUUCAUGGUUUCAAAUGACUUGAGGAGGUUAAAAUGAACUGAUGGCAUCUGUUUUUAGACUGUGACACCUUUACACACUCUGAGUAAAUGAGCUGUGUUACUGGUUUUUGUCUCACAGAUUUUCAGACAAAACGUUUUACCAUUAACAACUUUAAAGGGAUAUUCCUGCGUAAAAUUAAUUUAGGGUGAAACACACCGUAACACCAAGUUAGACACUCCUUCGAGAAAUGAAUGUUGCUGACUGCUUGCUUCUCUAGUUAUACCAACUUCAGUAAUGGCCGCAGGAUAGGGUGCCGCAGCUCAAGGAGGAACAUUUAUGAUCAUUUCUUUAUCAUUUCCUUGAAGUUAUAAUCAUCAUAUUAAUCACUUUGCACUGCAAACGCGGUAGCUCUUCUGCCUUAGUGUCUCGGUCUGAUUGCAUUUCCAUGAAGAAAUGAUCAUAAAUGUUCUUCCUUGAGCUGUGUUACCCUGCUUCAGUCAGUGGACUUGCCUAAGGUCUCCAUACAAACAAGCGGCUGCUGGAAGAGAGUAGGUGAGUUGUGUUUAGUCUUUUUGCUAAAGAAAUUAAGUAAAGCUAAAAAAAAUGUUUGGUGUCUAGUGCUAUGGCUGGGACCUACAUGUACUGUUGAUGAAGUUCGGUGCUGUUCUGAGCAUUAUUUGUGUCUAUAGAGUGGCUUUUUGGUAGAGGUUUGUUUAUGGCUCCUCAGACCGCUCUGUAUUGCUAUCCUGCGGUCGUUACUGAAGUUGGUAUAACUAGAGAAGCAAGCGGUCAGCAACAUUCAUCUCUCGACAGGGUGCCUAACUCGGUGUUACGGUGUGUUUGACCCUAAAUAAAUUUUACGCCAGAAUUACGCCUUUAAGAUAUUUCAUCACUCCACUGAUGCCAUCAAAUGAUCAACUCAGCAGUUUUAUGACAGGAGAGACUUUAAACUGUGAGAAGCCACAUGUAACAGACAACUUGGGAAAUUUGCAGGUGAAAGAAUAUGCAUGCCUAAACUCAGUUCACUAACUAUCUCAGUGUAUGUGUGUGUUUUGCAGCCUUCAGGGGGCAUCUACUCCAGGCUGGAGGCUCAGUUCAAGAGUUCAUCUCAAAGCAGACAGAGUGCAGAAAAGACACCCAGGUAUUUAUUCUUAACACUUAGGGCCUGAUCUACUAAGAUCCCAAUUAGCGAACACUAAAUUGCGAGUGCAAACUAAAAAAUUGCACGUGCUAUUAGUGGGCGUGUUGCAGGUGAUCUACUAUCAUUGCGUGCACAAUUAAUAACAGGUGCAAAAGUGGUGCGGACUGCCCUCUUGAAACGAGCGUGCGCUAUCGGCUGUCACCAUGGAGAGUUUGUGAGAGCAGAGUGAUCGUAGAUGAAAAAUGAAGUUUGAAGCUGUGGAGUUGCACCGAUCGUUUUGGAGAAGCCAGGAACUGCAUAAAAGGCGAGGGAAGUUUAUUUGUAUAGCACCAUUUAUUUACAACGUGAUUCAGAUUGCUUUACAGAGGCAAGAAAAUAUUUCAGAGAUGAAAAAAAGAGAUUCAAUUUAAAAUCAAUUAGACAAAGAGUUACAUUUUUGUGACUGUUCCAUGUUUGACCUAAUUAUUCAUCAAAACCUUCAUUUACUAGAAAAACACUUUUGCCUCCUUCUCCUCACAAUGACUGCAGCCAUUUGUACGUAACGCUGUGCCAGUUUGCACAUGCUAAAUAUAGACGCAAAACAGUGACCGCAAUCGGUUUCCAGGUUUGAUAAAUCACAUAGCGGGUGCUAAAGGAUUCCAUUUACAUCUGCUCCUCCCAGAAUUUUGCACGGUCUGAUGAUCUACAUACAAUCUGCAUAUUCACGAAGCCAAACAUGGCAAUGCAAACCCUUAGUAGAUCAGGCCCUUAGACUCAAACAAGCACACAAUAAAACUUUACACUUACACACUAUUUUCCCUCUCAGUAGAUCAAAGCUUCGUUAUGCUCAGAUCAGAACAACUUGA